AUGGGUUUGCCUUGGUAUCGCGUUCAUACCGUCGUAUUGAAUGAUCCUGGCCGGUUAAUUUCUGUACAUAUAAUGCAUACAGCUCUAGUUGCUGGUUGGGCCGGUUCAAUGGCUCUGUACGAAUUAGCAGUUUUUGAUCCAUCCGAUCCUGUUCUUGAUCCAAUGUGGAGACAAGGUAUGUUUGUUAUACCUUUUAUGACUCGUUUGGGAAUAAAGGAUUCAUGGAGUGGAUGGAGCAUCACCGGAGAAACUGUAACUAAUCCUGGUAUUUGGAGUUAUGAAGGUGUGGCUGGGGCACAUAUCAUGUUUUCUGGCCUGUGCUUUUUGGCAGCUAUCUGGCAUUGGGUAUAUUGGGAUCUGGAAAUAUUCUGUGAUGAACGUACGGGAAAACUUUGUUUAGAUUUGCCCAAAAUAUUUGGAAUUCAUUUAUUCCUCUCAGGAGUAGCUUGUUUCGGAUUUGGAGCAUUUCAUGUAACGGGUUUGUAUGGUCCUGGGAUAUGGGUGUCUGAUCCUUAUGGACUAACUGGAAAAAUACAACCAGUGGAUCCAGCAUGGGGAGCUGAAGGUUUUGAUCCUUUUGUUCCGGGAGGAAUAGCUUCUCAUCAUAUUGCAGCAGGUAUAUUGGGUAUAUUAGCAGGUCUUUUCCAUCUCAGUGUUCGUCCUCCCCAACGUUUAUACAUAGGAUUACGCAUGGGGAAUAUUGAAACGGUCCUAUCCAGCAGUAUUGCUGCUGUGUUUUUUGCAGCUUUCGUUGUUGCCGGAACUAUGUGGUAUGGCUCCGCAACUACUCCGGUUGAAUUAUUUGGGCCCACUCGUUACCAGUGGGAUCAGGGAUACUUCCAACAAGAAAUAGAUCGACGGGUUCGUGCCGGUCUGGCCGAAAAUUUGAGCCUAUCGGAAGCUUGGUCAAAAAUUCCCGAGAAACUCGCUUUUUAUGAUUACAUUGGUAAUAAUCCAGCUAAGGGGGGGUUAUUCAGAGCAGGUGCGAUGGACAAUGGAGAUGGAAUAGCUGUUGGUUGGUUAGGACACCCUAUUUUCAAAGAUAAGGAAGGAAAUGAGCUUUUUGUACGUCGUAUGCCUACCUUUUUCGAAACAUUUCCAGUAGUUCUGGUAGACAAAGAAGGAAUUGUGAAAGCCGAUGUUCCUUUCAGGAGGGCAGAAUCAAAGUAUAGUGUUGAACAAGUAGGUGUAACUGUUGAGUUCUAUGGUGGUGGGCUUGACAGGGUUAGUUUUGGUGAUCCUGCUAUAGUUAAAAAAUAUGCUAGACGUGCUCAAUUAGGUGAAAUUUUUGAAUUAGAUCGUGCUACUCUAAAAUCCGAUGGUGUUUUUCGUAGUAGUCCAAGGGGUUGGUUCACUUUCGGACAUGCUACAUUUGCUCUCCUUUUCUUUUUUGGACACAUUUGGCAUGGUGCUAGAACCCUAUUCAGAGAUGUUUUUGCCGGUAUCGACCCGGAUUUGGAUGCUCGAAUAGAAUUUGGAGCAUUCCAAAAACUGGGAGAUCCAACUACUAAGAGACAAGUGAGUAUAGUGCUUCACUUCUUUCCAUUAGAACAAAUGCCCGUUGGUGUUCCAAAAGUUCCUUUCCGAGCCCCCGGAGAUGAAGAUGCAAAUUGGGUCGACUUAUACAACCGACUUUAUCGAGAGAGAUUACUUUUUUUGGCUCAGGAUAUAAAUCACGAGAUUGCAAAUCAACUCAUGGGUCUCAUGGUAUAUUUGAGUGCAGAAGAUGCAAAUAAAGAUAUGUUCUCAUUUCUUAACUGUCCCGGUGGAUCAGUAAUACCAGGAGUAGGUCUUUUCGAUGUAAUGCAAAUAAUAGUACCAGAUGUGCAUACAAUAUGCAUGGGGGUAGCUGCUUCAAUGGGAUCUUUCAUCCUAAUCGGGGGCGAAAUUACUAAACGUAUAGCAUUACCUCACGCUAGGAUUAUGAUCCACCAACCUGCUAGUUCCUAUUAUGAUGGACCGGCAGCAGAUUUUCAUAAGGAAUCGAAACACGUAACGAUGCUUCGUGAUUACAUAACAAAAUGUUAUAUAGAAAGAACGGGCAACCCCGGAGAGAUUAUUCAACGGGACCUGAACAGAGAUGUUUUUAUGUCAGCAACAGAAGCCCAAGCUUAUGGCAUUGUUGAUGCCGUAGCGGAAGGUUGA